AUGCUUCGGGAGAUCGCCCUCAGCCAGGGUGUUCUGGCUCCAGCUGCAGAGGCGAAUGCCCCGGAGGACGACACAGUUGACACGCAUGCGAAGAUGCAGUACCAAUUCCUGGGGUUCAAUGUUUGCAAGCUUGGCCUAGCUGAAUUGUUGGGAGUUGGAUGGAACCCUCGACUGACAACCUUGCUCAAAGCAGUUCUACAAAAUCGUCGGUCUGCUCCACUUGACAAACGCUUUAUGUCGAGGCCCUUGAACGACCCCAGACCUGUCUACAGUGAGGUUGUGUCCCACUUGCAAACUCUCUACGACAGUGUUGCUGAGACUUUGCCUUUCGAUCAGCCCGAACAAGAGCAUGUCGACGACGACUUCACUGCUUACAACGUCGCUCCGACCAACAGCGAACAGCUGAGAUAUUUGCCCCCGGGCAGCAUGUACGAGUCCUGGCGACAGUACCGGGCUGUGUCGAAUUCGACCUGCUCUUGGCAAUGUUUCUCGAAAGCCUGGAAGGAAGAGUUCGGCCACAAACUCACGUUCCGCAACAAAUAUACGUUCGGGAUUUGCACAACAUGUGUCAAGCAUAAAUUGAUGCUUCGACACUUGGGUUGCGACGCGACGAGCAGACUCAGACAACGCCACCUUUAUGAUCGGCACCUGCAAGCCCAAUAUGCUGACAGAAAAGUCUAUUGGCAAAAUAGGAGCAGCAGUCGGUCGCAUUACAACAUCAUCACUGUGGUCGUGGAUGCUAUCGAUCAAGCAAAGUUCUCCGUUCCCAAGAGCCCCCUUUUCAAUGAUCACUUAUUUCAGCAGUUCGUGCGACCUCGACUUCAUGUAUGGGGCAUCCUGGUCCACGGGUGGGGUGCUUAUAUAGCUGUCUCGGACGCCGACGCAUCCAAGGGGGGCAGUACUUUGGUUGAUUUGCUGGUCUUCGUACUGUCCAAGCUUCGAAGCAAAGGUUGUCCAUUGGACAAAUUCGACUUCUGUGUCCAACUCGACAACACGAGUUCGUGUAACAAAAACAAUGCCACACUGGCUUUUGCAGCAUGCUGUGCUCACUUCAAACUACUUUCUUCUGUCCGCUUAUGCUUCCUUCGUGUGGGGCAUACACAUAAGGACAUCGACCAAUGGCUGGGCGAACUGGCAGGCUUUGUUCGUCGUAAACUUCCUGUUUGCCAAACUCCGGACCAGCUUAUCACGGAACUCAACACCAAGUUUCUCCCUUUCACGCGGUGCAAGCAGUGGAUGGCAGACUCGAACUACAGCUCUCGUUUGGUCUAUCUUACCCAAGCUGAUGUUCGGAACCUUCCAGGGGGCAAGCCGACAGGCUUCGUAGAUCGCCGACCCAAGCCAGAGAAGUAUGUGAAAAUGGUCAAAGGCCUGGCCGCAGCAAUCACGACACAUCCGUUCACCCUGCAUAAGGCUGCUGGCUAUUUGCGAAGCUGGGUUGAUGGCACACUGGCUAAGCAGCCACCCCUCGAUGGCCUGGAGUUUCGGAGGUUCGCUGGAAGGUCUCCUGUCGCACGAGCAAAUGUGGGAAUGUCUGCGAUGUCUAUGGAGCCGGCUCCGUCCGUGCUUCGUGUGCACAAUGCUGCUGCCGGGAGUGGGGAGUCUGAGUGCAAUGCGAAGAUGUCUGUGCUGAACGAUGUUGCACGAGACUUACAUCAAAACGGCAUGACAUGGUUGGAGGCCUAUGCCCAGGCCUACAAGAUGUGGGGCUACCUGCCGCCCUCCGUUCGGUCGAGCAUGGAGUCCUCGCUUGCAGUCCCGGCCGGCGAGCUGGUGGAUGAUGCUGGUGAUGCUGGUAUGCCCUUGGAGGUGUGGCUGAGAGUGUGUUUGUGCCUGUGUGAACCACGGCUCCUGAUGGGAAAACGUGGUGGCGGUGCCGAUUCCGGUGCUGCCAAGGCAAAGGCUUCGAAGCUCCCACGUCGGAACUCGACCGAGGAGCUGGACCCUCAGGUGGCCAAGGCCUUGGUCGCAGCAGAGGCAAUACCCUGGUGGGGGGAUGCGACACUGCUGCUUGAGAAGAUCCUAGGCGACCGGGGGGCUGCCCACUUUUUUGAAACUACUUUUCCGAAUGUCGACGCCCGGAAAGCCCUGGCCGAGAGGUUCUUGCAAGCCUUUCCCCUGCCAAGCACCCAGACCCUCUCCCCAGAUCUGAGCAGUGGUGUCAAAACCUUGCAGUUUUGGCAGACAUGCUGGCAUCCGCAAGGCGGGAACCGUGGCAUGGCCAGUAACGACGUGUUCAGUAGCCUGGUGCAGUUGAUCCUCUUGCAGGGCUUCAAAACAGACGCCUCGCUGCUGGCUGGAACGGAAUACCCUGUUCUGCAACCAGUUCAACCGAUCUACUUCGAUUCUCCUUGGGACACCCCCGAAUUGGUUCCGAACACCAUGGGCUUGAACUCCGUCGCCCUGCUCAAGGGCUGGUCAAGAUGCCUUGCCAUGACAACCGCCGCCUUUAUCAUCACCGAGCUCAAUGUGGUGGAUUACUACAAAGAGCAGCUCCCCGACCAGUACCAGAGCUUCUGUGUCAUGAAGGGAAUGGUGCCAUCUGAUGGAGGGGGAUCCGAGAUCGAUCGCAUCGCCGCGCACGGCGAAACCAUCGAACAGGUGGUCAAGGCCUACGAAAAUCCGAAAUCCGUGCGAUCGGUGCCCGGCAUGGGGCCGGCAGAAUCCCAAGCUGUCGUCAAUUUGGUCCAUUUUAUACCAGUGCAAGCGAAAGAGAUACUUGCACAAGCGGCUAUCCAAUUCGGCAUGAAGAAGGGGGUUGUCAGCCACGCCGGACUAGGACUACCGAGCACAAGCUCCCGGGAUGAGAAUGGCCCAAACGAGGUUGCAAGAAUGAGCAGGAUCUGCAGGGUUUGGGAGGUCGUUCUUGCCGAGCUCCGGACCCAGUUGACCGCCGAGCAGUACGGGAAUUCCGAGAAGAACCUGAAACAGGCUUUCGAGACCGGAGCAUUCGACGAUCAGCUGUACCAGAUGGCUGUGGAAUGCCCCGCGACAAUCAACCUACAGGAAAUCCCCGACAUUGCCGUGCUGCUGCAGACCCAUGCCAGCGAACUCGAGAAGGCCGCGAUUGCCAAGUCGAAGGCUCUACAAAUCCAAGUGGAAGCCGCUACGUUCAACAAGAUGGAAAACGAUCUCUCGGAUGACAAGGCAAAAUUGCUGGACUGGGCCAAGAAGGAACACCAGAGGACCGCUACAGCUGCCAGUGUCGUUCUGAGUCACCAGCGAAAACGGUACAUCAAAGGCCUGGCCGCCGUCGAGGCUCACAUGGAUUCCUGGCUGAAGGUGGUUACUGCCCCUCUAUCCGAGUGGGAGAUGAAGGUGGCCGAGUUUCGGAAGAACGUCUUUGAGACAGUUGGGGCCAAUGCAGCAAAAAGGUUCUUGCUCGUGGUGGUGGACCUAUCUAUCACGCCGUCCAACGGCGAAAUCGACGAGAUUGUGAAGUUCGCUGCAAGCAUGCUUCACGCCAGUGGGCAGAAUGCACUCUUCUACCUGCUCCCUCAGCAGUACAACAAGAACCAAGCAAUGACGGCAGUCCUUUCGGGGCAACGCCGAAUCGAGGACAAACUCCUCGCAGCGGGGAUCAGUGUGGAGAACCCCAUUAGCAUCCACUACAACAUCGAUGGGAUGCACGCCUCUGACAGAAGACGCUUAGCAGCACAGGCUCGCUUGGCCGUGAGUACCAAGGUGAACGCAGAUGGCUGGCUACAGUCUGCAGUCUCAAGGGGGAAGAUCGACGGGGACACCAAUGUCACUGGAUCCGACUCUGUGCUGACUGUCGUGGAGGCAAGAAUGGCUCCAAACUGUCCAGAUUGGGCAGAGGGAGUGUUGCAGCUCAAGGACAAGUGGGCUACGCAGAACGAUAAACCGAUCUUGUCCUACAUCGGCUUCUGCAAGGAAAAGAAUGCAGUGAGGCCGCACUUGCAGAGUCUACUCAUGCAGCAGUGGUGGCCUCAGCAGCCGCAAGCUGGACCACCGGAGCCAACUUCGCAGCCUCUGGAGUUUCCAGACGUCAAGCUUGCAACUUUUCAAGAUGGACUUCCCUCGCUACCGCCCAUCGUUGUUUCCAAGUUCGACGGCAACGAGACCUUUUCGGACAAAUGGAAUGCCUUGGUUGCUGACUUCAGGCAAUGCAUCAAGGAUCAAGUGCUUCCCAGGAUCUCGGUUUCGAUCCCGAGCCCCGGUUCUGCUCAGUCGGCUCGUGGUGGCCCUGCUGGGCCCGACUUCACCUACCCGCCUUUCGCGACGGAGCCCUCGAGAGUUAUCUUCCCCAACCGGCCCGCUGCCGAGUUCAACAUGGACGAUGUGCUGUUCUCCGUCCGGGGCACAAGAAGUUUGCCGGCUAUGCACAUCACGAAGGACUGGGAGCUCUACUUCAGUGUGGAGGCCACUCUGAGCUUGGAGCCCUCGGAGAUCUGUGGAUUCAACGUGGGGGAAUUGCUCAAAGUCGAAUCGCUGCCGGAUGCCAACAAAUCGAUUCUGUGGUCGCUCUCGGAUGAUGAAAUGAACAUUCCGGACAUCGGCCUCCAGAAUUUCAAGCUCACAGGUCUCAAGGACGGGGAGAACGAGAUCUUCAUGAGAAGCGAGCUGGGCAUCCUAAAGAGAGAUGUGGCUGGAGCAGCUUUCAUUGGCAACUUCCACCGCAUCACAGAGCUGAACAAUGUGAAGAUCCUGUGGCGAUGCACUUUGCAAAGCCAGCCGCCGGCCUUGGUGAAGCCCAGCAAGCCGAAGCUCGUCUUGAUCUGCAGCACACACUUGGAGCCGGGCUUCUUUUACAAGAUCACAUAUAUCAUGUUUUUGGGGAACAACAACGACCUCUCCGACUCGUCGGAGGCUGAGCCCGUUCAGAAGCAGUUGGAGAAGCAGAAGAAACAGACCACUCCAAAGGAGAAGGCCAAGCCCAAGAAGACGAAUCCGCCCAAGGAGAAGAAGAAUCCGCCGAAUCCGAAGGAGAAGAAUCCGUCGGAGAAGAAUCCGCCGGAGAAGAAGAAUCCGCCGAAGGAGAAGAAUCCGUCGGAGCAGAGCGAGAAGAAUCUGCCUGAGGAGAAGAAUCCGCCUGAGAAGACGAAUCCACCCAUGGAGAAGAAGAAUCCAUCCAAGGGGAUGAAGCGACCGGCUGCAGCAGACGAGAAUGAGAAUGAGCAUCAGGACCAGCACGAGGACGAGAAACGCGGCUACAAGCUCCGACCCUACCGCAAGACGCAGGCGAUGGCGAUAUCGCGAACAAGCGGUGGGCAGGUGUUGCAAGUCAAAGCCAAGGGUGCCUCUUUCGAGCAGAAUACUGAGAUCGCCGAGGUUUUGAUCAGUUUCUUGCGAGAUGGCACUCCCGAGGAAGAGGUCGUGUCAAUGAAGGCCAAUAUGUGCAGCGACCUCGAAAGCAAGAUCGCCGGCAAGUAA